UACAGUCACUGAGCCGGGCUAGGCAAGGACGGGUUGGUGGUGUCUGUGUUCUCAAUAUACAGCUGGCUGUGUUCUGUUAUUGUUGUUAUUUUUUAAAUUAUUGAUUUUAAGAAAUACCAGAAACUGGAAUAACUUUAGGAAACAAGAUGGCUUCUGUCCAGCCAUCCAACAAUUCGGAGCUUCAGCUGUACAGGGUAUUACAGCGUGCAAACCUUUUGCAAUAUUUUGAAACUUUCAUUACUCAAGGGGGAGAUGAUGUCCAGCAGCUGUGUGAGGCAGGGGAAGAUGAGUUUCUGGAGAUUAUGGCCCUUGUGGGAAUGGCUAGUAAACCUCUCCAUGUCAGAAGAUUACAAAAAGCUCUGCAGGAGUGGGUGGCUAACCCAGCUGCCUUUGAGGUUAUCAAGAAAUACCCAACACAUGUCAUGAGCAUGGCGGGAUCAUCUCAAGCACUCAGUCCCUCCCAUUCCAUAGAACGCUCCAAUAACAUUCAAGACUUCAAGGUGACGCCUCCCCAGUCCUCCGCCAUCUCCACCUCCACGCCGUGGGCAUGUCAAAGUGGUGUAAGGGGAGUAAGCCCGUCAGAGGGGAGUAACUUGGAACAUCCCAGCCCUUCAGAUUCUCCUCAAGCUGAUUUUAAAGAUAUCAUGAAGGAUGUUCUGUACAACCCAGAUGACCAGUCCUACGCUGGCAUGAUGGGGCUGUCCCAGCCCACCCUGCUGGAACAUCAGAUCACAGCCAUAGCAACAGCUGCAGCCAUGCUGGCUCAAACCCUGCCUCCGUUUGAACCCAAGUCAAUGCCAAAGAAACAAAUCAGCAAGGAAAUUAGUUGUGUAAUGAUGAUGCCCCUUGAUGACCCCAACAGGAUGGAUGCCCUGAGAAAAUAUGCUGCCAUCUAUGGCAGGUUUGACUCAAAAAGAAAAAAUGACAGACCCAUGUCCUUACACGAAAUAUCAGUAAAUGAAGCAGCAGCACAACUCUGUAGUCAUUUCCCUGCACUACUAACUAGGAGGGAGGAAUUGUUUCCCUUGGCAAGACAAGUAGUGAGAGAUAGUGGGUACCAGUACUCGAAAGGGCACUCUAGGUACGAUUUAAAAGGGGCUGCUGAGGUUUUGGUACAACCCAAACUUGAGCAAGGGGAGGCUAUCCCAUCAACUUCAACUUUACUUUCUUCCUCCACAAUUCUAACUAUCACCAAUGAAGAAAGUUUUAAUGAACUACAGGCAGAACUUACACAGAUUACAUUAGAUCUCACAGAGUUGUCCAAAGAGCAGGAUCGCAUCCGAAGUGCCUUGAGGGUUCUUCUUGAAGCCAAUGACCAUGAUCAGAUGAAGACCUUGACCUCUGAGAUGGAUGACCUGAAUGACCGCCAGUCUGCCUUGACUAAAAAAAGGCAAAGAAUAAUAAACACCAUUGCCAAGUAUAGAAAAGGCAGCUCUAAAUACUCCGUCCCAUCAGUCAGUUUAGCCCGAGAUGCCAAGCUGUCCCCAACGCAUGGAAACCUGAACCCCAAGAUUAAAGGCAGCUACAUCUUCACUGACGACUCAUCAGUCCCCAACCCACUGAACACGCUGUACAUGGCCGCCAUACACAAUCACAAGGAUUCCCUUUUUGAAGAGGGCCUGCGCAUCGCCACGCAGUACGGCAUGUCGGACUUUGCCCAGGAGUUGAUCGGCAUGAAAACCAAAGACAAAGACGAUGAGCACAGCGAUUCUAGCAUUAACAUGUCCUCCGACAGCAGCGCAACUUCAGCCUUUGCUGCCUUCACCACCCUCUCAGCUUUACCCUCAUCCAUGCCAUCCCCCGCCGUCACUCCUGGGACCCCACCCUUGCACCCCACAGGUGCUAGAAGAGGAAGGCCUCCCUCUUCACACUCAGCCCACCGUAUUAAGGCAGCAACUCCAAACAGCUUCACUAAAACCACAGUGGAGAAAAAGAGCUUCACAAACGGAUCCUUCCCUAAUUCCCCAGCUAUGAAAUCGCCAAAUAUUCACGAAAAAAACAAUAACUCGUCUUCUGAAACCUCGUCCAUUGGAGCGGAGAGCCCGAGUGCUCAGGGCAGUCUGACCACCACCACAACUAUCACCAAAAACGGACAAGUCAUUGAAGUUGAGACCAGGCGGUCAAGCCGUAGGAAAAACUGUGACCCUGAUUACUAUCUAAUUAACGGUGGCGAGAAGAGAUUCCGGACAAGUAGUAAUCGCAGGAGUAGCAGCACAUCCAGCGAGAGGGUGAGACGACUCUCCUCCUCUUCAUCAGCCUCUUCAGCCAACCCUGGCACCCCCACGUCCUCCUCGCCUUGUAAGCCAAACCCUGAUCACCCUACAAACGACGACAUUAUCCGCAUGGGGGUUAACGAGCUCCGGCGUCGGGACGGACGUGAAAUCCAAAAAGUCAUGUUAGAUUUUAACCCUGGCAACACAGAAGACGCUGCUGACCAUGUCGAGGAGGCUGAAAUAAGUGACCUUGAUAAGAGGAGUAUAAAAAAAACAAAUCGUCUAAACGCUUUUCCUGGACACCGUCUUGUUGGAAGUGAAUACACAACCUAAAAAGAUUUAACAUGCUACUUUAUUUAUUACUUUAAAGCCUUCCGUUAAAAUUUCUGAUAUAUUGAACCAAGUUCAAGUACUGCAUUUUACUCUCUGAUAUUGAGACUUGCAUAAUUUAAGGACUUGUAUUGGAAUUCCAUUUCUUCAUAACCAUUUCUAUAAAUAUAUAUAUAUUUAUAUAUAUAUGUCGGACAUAAACUUUUUAUAUUACUCAUACAUCAACAAUCAUGAACUGAGACUACGACUUCUGUGUAUCAUAAUAUUCUAAUGUUUCGUGUGCCGCAGCGGAAACCAAUUUUUAUUGGUGUUGGCUAAUUACCGGAAAAACUGCUUGCUCUGUGAUGUUGAGCUCAUGUAUCUGUAAUAUUCUUUAUGCCAUCUGUUAUAUUUUGUGAUGGAAGUAGGUUAGACUUGUAUUUACCCCCCCCUUUCUCCCGCCCUCUGAAUCUGCUGACUGAACUUCUACACUCCAUUUAGACAGGCUAAAAGAGGAUACAAGACUGGGUACUUAUCAUUAAUCUGGUAAAUAAUACAAAUGUACACAGCUUCAUAUUUUUGAGCUGACCCGCACCUAGACCUAAACCUAAGAGAAAAAUUAACUUUUAAAAACAACUUUUAAAUUACUGUGAAAAUUGCUAUCAGCUUAUAAAUAACUAGAUCUUGUAUGGUAAAAUAUUAAAACUUUUGUGGCAGCUGUAUUGAGUUUAGAGAAAGUACCAUCUUCACUGCUACGAUAGUACAAAAUAGUUUAAUAAUAGUUUACCAACGUAUAUGAAACCAGUACAAAAUAGUUUAAUAAUAGUUUACCAACGUAUAUGAAACCGUAUAGUUUUUACAAGAACAUUUCUUAGCCAUAUCCACUACUGGACUACUACUGUUACUACAAACACUUUUUGAUAAUCAGAUAUUUCUUUCUAUUUGUUGGCCUAGAUAAAAGUUUCAACUAUAUUCGUGCUGUAAAAGCUGAUAGCUUUAGUUAAUUUUUUUUAACCUUGUAACCUUAAUUUUUAAACCUUGUAUCAUUUACUGCUGCUGAUGAUACAGGAAGAAAAGCCUACAUUUUUUUAACAUCUCUUAUUAAAACAUAGUUUUGACUGAAAACGUCUUCAUUAAACAGGUGCUUGAAUUGUUUAAAUAAAAUAAUAGUCUGUUAAAUUAAUCUAUUAAUGUAUUAUUUACCAAGCCUUACAAUUUUUUUUAGAAAUUGUUUGCAGUUGUCCAUUUUUUAAUUUUUCACUGAAUAAUAAUUUUUAAGAUAAAAAGGGCAAACAUUUGCCCAAAAACACUUAAUUAAAAUAAAUAUGAUACUAAAAUUGUAUUAUAAAUUUUUAAGAAAAAAAUACAUACAAAACAAAGUAAAAGUUUUUGUUUUGUAAAGUGCCAAACCUUGUGAGGUUGAAUUUUUUAAUGUAGGACAAAUUUUUUUGCUUUUAUUUUCUUUUAUGUUAGAAAUAACUUUUGGAUCUUGGGUAAAUAAUUUUAGUCUGACUUUAAUGGGUACUGGUAAAUAAAUAAUUAUAAAAGUACAUAGUAAAAUGUAACAGAAAUUCAAGGUAGUGUAGAUUAGUAGUUUACACAAAGAUUCUUUUAUAGCCAGAUUAUAAUUUUUCUUUAACAUUUUAAAGGUUCUUUUACCAAUCAGACAAAAAUUCUUUAUAGCAUUCCAUUAUCUCAUUUUGGCAUUUGAAAACUGUUUAAACCUGCUUUUAAGAAUGAAUAUUUUCCUAAUGUAAUAACUGUAAAUAUGGGUUUCACCUUGAAAGAAUUGUAAUAUUUAUUAUAUAAGCAUAUUUCUUUGAAGAAAGAAUUUUUCUAUAAUAUGUGAUAUUUGUUGCAUAUUAUCAAAGUAAAAAAAAAUGGCAAACAACCUAAUUUUAAGAAAUUGAUUAACUUAGGGGGUAGACAGGGUUGCUAUCCUAUGAUGGGCAGCAACAACAUGUUUUAUAAGUAGUUGGUCAGUUUUGUGCUUCCCACACUUCUGGUCGCCAGAAUAGGUGAUAUUACGAUAAAGUAAAAAAAAAUUUUUUUCAAAAUAAGUUAGUGUAUUUGAUGUAAAGUGUGUAAAGUCUAUAUCCAUGAAUGGAUAAAAUUGUUAACUGAAUACAAGACAAAAGCAGCACAAGAAAGCUGUAUCUACUUAACACACUAUUAAAAACUUAUUUUAUGUAAAGUAGCUGCUGCAGCUUAAUUAUAAAAAUUAAUAUGUUAAUUAGAAUUUUUCUCGCAACCCGGUUUUACUGUUAAGCCUUAAUCGUGUAUUUAUUAUCAUUUAGCUAUGUUUUAAAAUUCUUUUUAUACUUCUGAAUUUAGCUUGAAUUUCUGCAAGUUUUCCUAGAAAGAUUUCAGUCUUUGAAUAUUUAGAAAUACCCACAAGAGAAGCUACUCUUUGGUAUUUAUGGCAAGUUGAUACACUGAUGAUCAUGAUAAUGUGUAAAUUUUAUUACAUUUUAUUACUGAUUUUUCUCAGUUCCCAGUUAUUGUAAUUACCGGUAGCUUGACAAUAUUUUUGUGAUAUUAAUUUGAAUGGCAUUGGAGGAGAGUGUUUAAGAAAAAUGAUAAUUACGAAUUUGUUUCUUUUUAAUUUGUUGGCAUAAUUUUAAUAAUUUAAAAUUUUUAAUUGUUUAUUUAGAAUGAAGCAUUGCGGUUUUAAUUUUAACCUCAUGACCCUUUUUUCUGUCAUGUUUACCUUGUUGCUUUGUUUCAUUGGACAAAAAUUUGUAUAUAAACAAAAUGAACAGGAAUUAUGUUCACUUUGAAUUUUUAGUAUAUUCAUAAAACAGUUUUUUUAAAUAAAAAAAAUUGUGUGGAUGGGCCAAUAAAAGUACAAAAGUAAAAAAAAAUUAGUUCAACUAAAAAAAAUUAAAAUUGUAUCAUUAAGAUUUUUUCAGAAGUUAUUGUUUUGCUAAUUCAAUAUAAAUAAUAUUAUCAAGGGAAAUAACCAAACCUGUUUAAUUGUUACAUCAUUUUUUAAAAACAGCAACAUUUAUACUUAAUACAGCCUUCUAUUUCAAUUUAAGCCAACAAUACAUUCUUUUUCUUGUGGAUGUUGCUCAUUAAAAUGAUAAAUAUUAGAAAUGAGGCGGAUAAUCUUUUUGCAUAAUUUUUUCAAUUACACCCAUUUUUCAAAAUUAAAGUGAAUCUAUCAUUACUCUUGAGUAUUGAUUAUAAUUGGUUUCUCAAUUUGAUGUAUAAUACAUUUUAAAUUAAACUUCAAAAUUAAAAAAACUAAAGUUGAGAAGUUAGUUUAUAAGUUUAAGAAUAUUUAUCAAUUUUUAAAAUAGUAAUGUAUUUCAGCAUAUAUAUAAGUAUCCAACAAUAUUGACAUAAUCAAGUAUUCUAUUACUCUAAUUAGUGAAAUUAUUAUUGUGCAGAUUUGUAUUUAUUUUACAGUUUGUGUUGACAGUAAAAUG